UCUAAGUGCUUGUCUGUGUGUCCGUACCUGUACCCCGAUCUUCUCACCCUUCAUCUACUCUUCGCAGAUCAAUUUUCUGGAAUAUUACUACCAGGCCCGAGGAGGAUGCGACUUCGCUUCACGCUGGUCAUUGUCUGUCUUCUUGCCUCUUGUUUGGCCGAAGAUGUGGAAGUGGUGGAAGCAGUGGCGGGAGAGCAGGCGGACGCCAAGCAUGCCAUCAGGGACGACGCUGAGUCCUCGGACCAGAUAGCAUUGGAGUCGUCCAAGGACCAGGAACCUUCAGGGUCGUCGCAGAAGUUGGCAUAUACUUCUACAUCAUCCAGGCAUCCGGUGAGGAACGGUGGUAACCACGGACCACCACACAACAAGCCCUUUGGCAACCAUCUGGGCAAACCUCCGGUGUUCGACCACGGAGCCUAUCAUGGGCCGCCCCCGCCACCUCCUCCGUCCAAGCAAACCCCUCAGUCACAGUCGGAAGCAAUGGAUAAACUCUACGGUGGUGAUCCUUGGCCAUCCUCUACUCCUGACAUGCCCAAGAUAGUCUCUUUAGACGUCAAGUGCGAGAAGAACCUAAUGAAAGUUUACAUUGGGUUCGAUAAACCAUUCUACGGAAUAGUGUUCAGCAAGGGUCAUUACAGCAAUGUGAACUGUGUUCAUCUCCCGGCUGGUUUAGGCAGGACAUCGGCCAAUUUUGAGAUAAGUAUUCAUGCCUGCGGCACAGCUGGGAAUACUGAAAACGGGCUUUAUGGGUACGGUGCAGACUCCGGUUCAGGAACUUACUUCGAGAAUAUCAUCGUCAUUCAAUAUGACCCUCAGGUACAGGAGGUGUGGGACCAGGCCAGGAAGCUGAGGUGUACGUGGCAUGACCAGUACGAGAAGAGCGUCACAUUCCGACCGUUCCCAGUAGACAUGCUGGAUGUAGUACGGGCAGAUUUUGCAGGGGAUAAUGUUGGUUGUUGGAUGCAGAUUCAGGUCGGCAAAGGUCCGUGGGCUUCCGAAGUCUCGGGUCUGGUCAAGAUAGGACAGACAAUGACGAUGGUGUUAGCCAUUAAAGACGACGACUCGAAGUUCGAUAUGCUGGUGAGGAACUGUAUGGCACACGAUGGCAAGAGAGCCCCUAUCCAGUUAGUCGACCAGAAGGGAUGCGUUACUAGGCCGAAGCUAAUGUCAAGGUUCACCAAGAUUAAGAAUUUCGGCGCUAGCGCCUCGGUGCUGUCUUAUGCGCACUUCCAAGCAUUCAAAUUCCCGGACUCUAUGGAAGUCCACUUCCAAUGUACAAUCCAGAUCUGUAGGUAUCAAUGUCCAGAUCAGUGCUCUGACCCUAACGCUAUACUUCACAGUGGUUUGAUAGACGUACAACACACCCCUGUUGAGACGGCGUACGGGCCUCCUCCACCACCUUCUCUCCCCUUGGAAGCCUUCCUUCAGGGAAGGCCGCGAGAUGAGCGUCGUGUAAGAAGGCACAGGAGAGAAACUCCCUCGGAGGAAGUUGGCGUUAAUAGAAUCAUCAGAGUGGUAUCUACAGGAGAUCUUACUUUCUCCUUAGACGAAAAUACCAACAGUACCGCUCCCACCAUGGUGUUUCCUGCGAGGGAAGACGCCAACAGCAUGAUCUGCAUGACCACUCCUGGAUUUGCGGCUACUCUUGUUGUUCUUCUAGGAAUCCUUAUUGUCUCUUGUCUCAUGUCCGCAUUUCUCUGCGUCCGCCUGAGACCUUUCUCCAAAUCCAGUAAAAACGUGGCCUAUCCUCAACCUGUCGUACCCAAGAAGUCUUCCAAAACCUGUUGUUUUUCGUAGGGAAUGCGCUAAUUGUAAAUAAAAUUGUAUGUUGUCUCCCCAGUGUAAGUGUUAGAUCAUCAGAACAUUGAGGUGGGGAGUAAUUACUUAGAUCAAGUGUCUUAGUCGUCUUCAAAGUCAAACUAGCUCAAAAAUGUAUGUGGAUCGUUGAGAAAUUCUAGGAAGUAAGAUUUCACAGCCAUCAGCCAAAGCCACAGUCUUUACGUUUUUCUGUUCUGUAGAUAAGUUUAGAAUUAAGAUUCCCUUUAGAUUGUUUUGUUCUGUAAAUAAAGAGUCACAUUUUAACAGUACAAAUGAUACGAAAAUAGCUUCUUUCUUAUUUUUGAGGCAAUUUUUAAUUGCUCAAACUGUUUUAAUUUUUCUCAAUUGUAAGCCAAACUCAUGUUAUGUAACACUGUAGUGGUAUUCUAGUUUAAAAUAUAUAAUAAAUAUUAGCCUACUUUCUAGUUAUUUCUUACAUUUUUAUUAUUUCGCUAAAAUUCAAUACUAUACUCAGAAGCCAAAUUUAUUUUAAUAACACAAAAUACAGCUUUCUAAUUUAUUGUGCAAAAUUAAACAUUACUAUUUAAAGCUAAAAAUAAAUUAGACCAAAUUUAAAUUACUGCAGGAUUUCUGCACAUUGAAUAAAUAAUGUAAUCAUGCCUUUUUAAAAUACAUGUUUUAGGCUAAUACUCUCAAACUUUGGAGUCGCUUAGGGGCGGCAUUGUCAACAUUUACGUUCUAUCCAGACGAAAAUACCAAAAGUAAAGAGUUAAGAGUAAUGAUUUUGUAUCAAAAAUGCUCAAUUUUCCCUUAGGUUGUUAAUUAUAAGUAAUAGUGUAUGUAAAACUGUAAAUAAUAUAUUUAUUGAAAUAAUUUAUUAUUAGUGUUAUCGGGUUUAUUUAUAAUUUAGUAUCGUGCUUUUUGAACCUGUGCGCGUCUCUGUGUUAGAAUUAUUUUCCAAGAACAGUUUGGAACUGAAUUUAUUGUUAAAAGUAUUGAACUUAUAAUUAUGCGUAUUAAGAUAUUUUUAUUAGAUUACUCACAAUGAAUCAUAUUUAUGGCACGAAACUAAAGAUUAUAAUAUUUAUUAAUUAAUAAGUUACAGUUGGUAUAAUUUGAACGUAGUUAUUAGGUACAAUCAAAUAAACACAAAUAAUAUUAAGCACACAAUAAUGUAUGUUAUAAUUAACUAUUAAAAUAAAAUAUUGUAUCGUUUAAUUGUUAUUAAAUGACAAUUUAGACAGUUACAAACACUCAGUAAGAUCUGGAGGCGAUUCUUCUCUCUGCUCUCUGCGGCCUCUAAUACUCAGCAAGCGUUAUUCAUGUUUGUAGUAACAUUGCAUACCGGGCUUGUGUAAUAAUAUAUUAUGUGAAAUUUACAGUUACAUGCUAAUGUAGAAAACGUAAUAUCUGAACAGUAAAUAAUAUUUCUCUCUGCUUGCUUAUCUCGCCUCUAGUUUAAUGUAAACAUUAUCAUCACACAAUCUUUAGAAACUAUCACUUGUGUUAAAAUAUCAAAUCUAGAAACGAUCCUUCUCUGUGUUCGCUUCUCUAGCCUUCUGAUACUAAGCAAACAUUAUUCUUGCGUUCAGAAACAUUACAUACAACCCUCUAUACCGAGUGACUUUUUAAAGUAUGACCCCCCCCCCGCCCCAUUAACUUUCUUAUUAAUGAAAUGGAUUACUUUGGGGCAUGUUUAUACGACCAACCGAGAACCGGUUUAGUAUCCAGACGUUAGUUUUGGCAAGAAGUACACGGUAACCAUCUCAAGCAUCUCGUCUUAUUGAAAAUAAGAAGAGAUUUUAAGAUUUGUACCAUCUAAUUUCGUAAAAUUUCUUUCAAAGUAAUGGAAUUUGUUUUUUAUAAACCAAAUCAAACUUUAAAAUGAAAUUUGUAACAUAAGAGUAACAUAAGAGACCUCUAUUUUUGUCAUUAUUCCUCUUUUUAUAAUACAUUUAAAAUUUUGUGUCACUUGCCAGGGGUUCUUAUUAAAACUUUAUUAUUAUUUGUGGGGGGAGGGGUAAAAAAUUCUCAUACAUCGAAAUCUCCUCAGUUGGUCAUAUAAACAUGCCCCAAAGUAAAUCACUUCAUCUCUAUUCAUAAGGAAGUUAAAAGAGGGGGAAGAUGGGACUUUAACAACACCCGGUAUAAAUAGUGUUUGUGUAUGUGUCUUAAUUCACCCCAUCUUUACAGACUACUAAUUAUUUAAAAAAAUAAUAUUUAGAGGCAAACCUUCUCUUUGCUGUUUCCUUCGCCUUCUAAUACUGAGCAAACAUUAUUCAGAUAUGCAACUAAACUAGCUACAUACGGUACCAUGCUUCUAUAAUAAUUAUAUUUUUGCAUUUAUUUAACUGUUCCAACUUCUUUAUUAUAUAAGUAUUAUUCAAAAUUAGAGGACAAGCCUCCAGCUUAUUUUGAAAGUUUUAUAAUAUUUUAUCAAUUCAGAAAUAGUAUUACCAAGUCAUGUAAAAUGUAAUCAAGUUAUUAGAAAUAAUAUUUGGCAUUAUGAAUUCUGUAUUAUUUUUAUUAAAUAUUUCCAUU